UUUAUAUGAAACAUUUCAUAAUAUAUUCAUGUUAUAUUUUAUGUUUAAAUUUUGGAUUAAAAUAUUAUUUAAAUUUGUGGUGAUAAUAAACCUUAAUAAUAAUCAUUUAAAUUAAAAAUGUGUAACAUAAUAUGUUAUUCUUCUCAUUUAUCUUUUUAUUUUAUUUAAGAUUUUGCAUUUGCUUUUUAUCUAAGGUAACCAUUCUUGCACCUUCACAAAUUGGUGAAGACCCUCAUUUAAAAUUUGGUGAUUCCACAUCCUCCAUCACUGAUACUGCUAUAUCAGCUUAUAAAGAACCUGAAAAUCCAGUUCCAAUAGUUAGUGAAGCCGCUGAAGAGGUUUUGGACGAGUUAUCUGAUUUAAAACCUGUAAAUAGAGUUGAACCAAAGGUUUCUGAUCUUGAACUUCUUAAACCAGUUGAUCAUGAAUCAACGUUAGAAAACUGUCAAAGAGACUACUCUAAACCAUGUCCUCUUAAUUUUGAACAUAAUUUGCUAAAUGACGGAUCGCAUAAGUGCACACCACAAAAGUUUUAUUCAGGACCUUGUAUGGGUCAGGAUUUAACCUAUAAGGAAAUGGGAAAGGAAGAAAAGAUUCAAUGGUCAAAGAAUUGUAUCGCAAAUUGGCCUUGUGUCAUGUGUAAACGAGAUUAUUCUCUAUACUGUCCAGAGGGAUGGGAACUUUCCGGAGAGAAUUUCGAGUGCAAAUCGUUGAAUAGUUACAGUGGGCCUUGCAUGGGAGAGGCAUUUUCCUUCAUUGACUACAACGUUCCAAUGCAAAAGGAGUGGAGUAGAAGAUGUAAAUCGUAUUGGCCAUGUUCUAACAUUUAAUUAAUACCUUAUAAAGUUUUUAUGUAUGAAAUUAUAUUGUUUUUACAAUGUUGACAAGGUCGUCAUUUUGUAAUUUUGGAACUGAAACGAGUUUAGUUUGUUUCUGUU